UCGGAGUGAUAAAGAAAACCAACUGGGACAGAAAUUACUCUUCAGUGGUGGUUUGCACUGAGAGGGGAAGAGAGUAAGCAGAGAUUCACAAGCAGCAAAACACCACUGGAGCUUAGCUUAUGCCUGAGACUCUCAGCUAACUCUUCUUUCCUGCAGACCUUCAAUCUUGCCAUGUCAGUGCAGCUCGUUGCCAGGUAGCCAGUAGCAAUUAAGAAAGCAACCCAUUUUCCAUUAUCAUCCCCAUUGUCAUUGCAAAAAAAUCUCACAUUAUAUUAUCUUCCUUUAUGGCAGCCUAUUACCAAGGAGUUUUCUUCUGCUCCAUGUGCUAAAUAAGUUUUACACAGCUGCCUGUGAUCACACAGCAGCUGAUGAGAUGCAGGGCUGAGUUUGUAAACAAACUCAGGUUUCAGCCAUCCUGCCUUUUUUCUACCUGAACAGCUGUCCCCCAAACUACUUCUCCAAGUCUGCCUGAUAACACAGCUGCCUCCUCCUGAGCAACUCCACCAGACACAUCUGGGGGGCCCGGGGGAUGUGCUGGAGCUGCACUACAGACUCAUUCUUGACCCCAGCAGUUCUCAAGACAGAGCAGACACAUACUGGAGUAUCCCUCACAUGUCAGUUAGACAGAGCUAUCAGCCUCCUUAGGUGAUAGUUACACUCUUUCCAUUCAUUUCUUACCCCCCUCCCUCCCUAAAAGGUUCGGAUACUUCACAUGAGAGCUCAGAAGCCCAGCAGGCACUGUGAAUUGUAGCUGUUUUGCAACAGGGACAAAAAGGAGCAGCUUGUUCUUUCCGGUCUGAGCUGAGAGUCUCAUGUUUCAGCUCCUCCUUCACAUUCCAGGCCUGCCCAGGCUCCUCUCCAAAAGCUUCAAAAAUGGACCCUCUCACAACUAGUUGUGCUCUGAAAUGCUCAGUGCCCAAAGCCAGGGUCUUUGUUGUCUUCCUGUCAAUGGUUUUGUGCACCACCAUUCUCUGCCUGCUGCAACUCAGGUUUUUUAAACCUAAAAUCAAAGAUUUUUAUUCUUUUGAAGUCAAGGAUUCACGAGGAAGGAUCAUUUCCUUGGAGAAGUACAGAGGGAAAGCAACUUUGGUUGUAAACGUGGCCAGUUACUGCCAAUACACAGACAAAAAUUACAUCGCACUGCAAGAGCUGCACAGAGAGUUUGGUCCCUCCCACUUCACUGUGCUGGCCUUCCCCUGCAACCAGUUCGGAGAAUCAGAGCCUAGCUCAAGCCAGGAAAUAGAAUCUUUUGCCAGAGGAAACUAUGGAGUAACAUUCCCUGUUUUCCACAAAAUCAAGAUCCUAGGAUCAGAAGCAGAUCCUGCCUUUAAAUUUCUAAUAGGUAAUUGUUUUCUUUUAUGUAUCAAGCUGCCUGUAACCAUGGUACUCUCAUUGAAUCCGGGCUGCAUAUUUUUGUCAGGCAACGUGGAGGACUGUGGAGAGACACAGGCACUCAGCAUGCAAUUACUCUCAUUUCAAUCUGGAUAUUCAAAAAUAUGGGCAAAAUAAUUGUAUCCUGAAAACAUCAGUUUCUCCUCACUGCUUAUAAAAACAGCCUACUCUGACCAGCCCAGCUAGAAGCAUCAAUUUUGUUAGAAAUGCUAGGGCUAGAAACACC